GUUGGGAGACGAAGCUUGCGCUCGGCACGCUUGAGUUGCAAACUUGCAAGGACACGUCGCGCACGUGAGUGUGGAGGAAGCAAGUAGCGGGUGAGUCUGCAGAAAAUCUCAUUCUCUGCUGCAAUGGGUGCUGUGAAGGUGCCUGUGCCGUCGGCCUCUAUGCUGGUCUCGGUUGGCUACGUGGGAUGGAAUGUUGCCUCAUCGGUUGGCCUAAUUCUUGUCAACAAGUGGCUGUUCGACGUCGUCCGCCUCGAGUCCAUCCUCCUCCUUACUGCGCUGCACCUGUUUUGCUCAUGGCUUGCAGUGGUUGGCCUCAUCAAGCUUGGCUAUGAAACUUACAAGCCCAUGCCCACCAAAGAUCUGGCGCUCAUGGUUGGCUCGUUCUUCUUUACCAUUGCCUUUUUCAACCUCUCGCUCAAGUUCAACUCGGUCGGCACGUACCAGCUCUCCAAGCUCCUGGUUACGCCGGUCACUACCGUUCUUCAGUUUGUGCUCUUCCGCAAGAGUGUGAGUCUCGCAACACAGGCAGCACUGUUAGUAAUUUGCCUUUCUGUGGCGUUUGUGACGAGCUCGGGCGAUCGGCCGACAGUGACGGGCGCCACCUGCUCGAUCAUCGCCAUCCUGUCCUCGGCUAUUACCUCGCUGUGGGCAAAGUCCAAGCCGGCCGAGCUCGGUCUCUCGACCUACCAGCUCAACUUUCACCUCUUUCUUUGGUCAAGCAUAUGCUUUGCCUCGGCCUCGAUUCUUUUUGAGAGCAACCAGAUCGGCCAGCUCCGCGCACUCAUCCGCGACGACCUCGAUCCUAACGUUGCCGGCUCGCUCCGAGUCCCAUUUAUGAUUCUGACCUGCGCCAUGGCCGCCUCGCUCAAUCUCUCAUCGGCGCAGCUCAUUUUCUACACUUCACCGCUCACCUACCACGUUGUGGGCCACUUUAAGCUCAUCCUCAUUCUCGCCUUUGGCGUCAUCUAUCUCAACUCCCCGGUCUCAUCGCAGGUUGUGGUCGGCAUGGUUGGCGCAGUGUCUGGUGUCAUGUGGUACACUACAAUUCGGUUCCGUGAGGCGCAGAUGCACGUACCGGAGGUUCACUCGGACGACUCGGACGACUUGAAGUGGAGCGAGAGGGCUCGGGUGUGAGACUGGCGCAUGUACAUGGCUGGUAAGGAUGUGCGUCCAAGCGAGGCAUGUUGUGUGAUAUUUAGCGGAGAGCCAGGUAGUGCUGCAUGAUGCGGGCGGUGGAGACGUCGUGACCAUCGGUUGAGGCCGCGGCAAAGUCGUCGACAAUGGCCGACGCCAGCUUCUUACCGAGCUCAACACCAAACUGGUCGUAGGCGUUGAGGCCGAGGAGGGCGGCGACGGUAAAGACAGCAUGCUCG